AGAUGAAAAAAAUACAAAAAUGUAGGGUGGUGAGUGAAUGGUGUCAAGGAAGAUUGUCAAGCGGCGUGCAGCGGAAUCCGAGUUCCUGGCAAUUCAAGAAUGGGUUUUGUAAUAGGAUUGAGGUGAUCUUGCUGAAUUAUUGGCUAUCGAGGAUGCAUUGGCUAUUUCGAGGGGAGGUGACUUCGUCAAGUUCCUAGCAUUCCAGGUGGACUUGAGGGUUAACGGGGAAGUAGAAGAAGGAAGAGGAGGAGGAGGAGAAGGAGGAGAAUGUUGAAAGAGGUGGUGCACCGGAGCCAUCAUCUUUGGCAAUGUUUCCCUCGCCAUCUUCAUUGCCACGAUUGGAGCCCCGUGAAUUCCAAAGCUCGCAGCCGGAGUGGACGUGGGAGUGUUAGCUGGAGGAAGCCCCUGUUUUGCAUGGCUAGUUAUCAUCGGGAUGUGGUGUUGGCCACCAAUGCCGUUCGCCUUGCGUCCCGCCUUUGUCAGACAGUGCAGAGAGGCUUGUUGACUCAGGAGACGCAAACCAAAUCUGACAAGUCACCAGUCACAGUUGCCGAUUAUGGUUCACAAGCGCUAGUCAACUGGUCAUUAGCACGGGAGUUUCCGCCUGGCACAUUUUCAAUGGUUGCUGAAGAGGGCUCAGAGGACCUGCGGACUGAGGCAGGGGCGCCAAUGCUGGAGCGCAUCACUCAGUUAGUAAACGAUGCCAUAGCGUCGGACGCAGCCCUAGACGUGGCUCCUCUGAGUAAAGAAGACGUAUUGGAAGCCAUUGACUGGGGUAAUUCCGAAGGAGGUAGCAAUGGACGCCACUGGGUUUUGGACCCCAUCGAUGGUACUAGAGGGUUUGUGAGAGGAGAUCAAUAUGCCAUAGCUCUUGGCCUACUGGACAAUGGAAAGGUUGUGGCUGGCGUUUUAGGUUGCCCUAAUCUGCCGAUGGGGUCCAUCGCGAAUGGUAUACCUGCGAAUUCAAGCGAACCUGUUGGUUGCUUGUUCGUCGCAAGCCUGGGUGCCGGCACGACUGUGGAACCAUUGGAUGGAAGCGGUGAGCCAAAACGGGUGCAUGUGAGUGAUGUUGAGGACACAGCCAUUGCAACAUUUUGCGAGUCUUACGAAUCUGCGCACACCAUGCAGGACCUUACAGCCAACAUUGCAGGGACACUGGGAGUCAAAGCACCUCCAGUGCGGAUCGACAGCCAAGCUAAGUACGGCGCCAUGGCUAGGGGAGAUGCUGUCAUAUAUCUCCGAUUCCCACACUUCGGAUACCGUGAGAAAAUUUGGGACCACGCCGCCGGAGCAAUCGUCAUAACAGAAGCUGGAGGAGAAGUGUUUGAUGCAGCAGGUGAGCCAUUGGACUUCUCCAGAGGUAGAUGGCUUGAUUUGGAUACCGGUAUUAUUGCCACCAAUAAGGAGCUGAAGCCUGUGGUGCUGUCAGCUGUACAGAAAUGCGUGAAGGAUCUGAAAAUACCUGCCAAACACUGAGCAGUACUUGGUUUGGGUCACAGCUAUUGUUUGUCAAUUUGGGAUUAUCAUGUCUAGAUUCUGCUGUAGGAACUCAAAAAAUAUGUCAGUAGUUUUGAAUACAGGAUCGAAGCCGCCAGUGGAUCCCUGGGUGUAUUGAGCCUUGCAACAGUUGUAAUUCUAUCCUUGCAAUUUAACUGUGAUUCCCAAUUGAGUUCUUCAAA